ACCGCGAUUUAAAGGGCAGCGAGGCGGAGGAAUCCUCGAUCGGACGCUCGCUCGAUCCCUCCGCUGCGAGGCGAAGCGACGGCAACGACGCGGUCCGUUCUCUCGAAAGUCUCUCUGGUGCCUCCGCCGUCGGGAGCCGCCGGCGAGGAACUUAUUUCUCCCUGGCCUCCCUCCACCUCGCCUCACAAAAAUCCCGUCGAAGCCACCGCGGCAGCCAGCUCCGGACGGGGGCGCGCACGACUCCUGCCGACGUGGUGUCCCUCCGCCGUCGGUCACGGACUCCUUUUCGUAUCCUUCCACCGGGCCCGGGCGGUGUCUGGGUAGCUCACCGGGGGCAGCGACGCGUCUGGGGUGCGGACAGUGAGGCUCCGGGGCUAUGAAGUGAGGACGCCCGGGGACUGAAGGAGGCACCGCGCGGCGCGAGGACGCGGGACACGGCCCCCGAAGGCGGCGGAUGCUUUUCGGACCGCACGGCCUCGCGCAAGGUGGAGACUCCAUUCCUUUGGUGGUCCAAAUGAGGUCAUCACCACGUUCUGAGGAUGCUUGGGAGAGCUGUUGAAUUCACUAAAGGAAAAUGUAUUUGAGGUUGACUCUACAAAAGCUGAAAAAGGAAACCAGAGGUCUAGAACUGGGAGCUGAGGCAGAAGCACAGUGCAAGUGGUAGGGAAGUCACUGGUGGUAGCAGCUCUGAGUCCUGCCGCUUCUGUACCUGUAUGGGAGUUUCUCUCACUGCCCUUAGUACCGUAACCAUCUUGAGAAAGAAGAUUUGAAGAGUCAGGUGGUAACUUUAGAGAGAACAUUGAAAUUAUUUUCUAAGCUAUUUGAAGAGAGAGACUAAAUGCACCUGGGUCAGGCUGUCUGUGGGUAUGAAGUGGUUGGGAGAAUCCAAGAACAUGGUGGUGAAUGGCAGGAGAAAUGGAGGCAAGUUGUCUAAUGAUCAUCAGCAGAACCAGUCAAAAUUACAGCACACAGGCAAGGACACCUUGAAGACUGGCAGAAACACAGUCGAGAGGAGGUCAAGCAGAUGUAAUGGUAAUUCAGGAUUUGAAGGACAGAGUCGUUAUGUGCCAUCUUCUGGAAUGUCUGCCAAGGAACUCUGUGAAAAUGAUGACCUAGCAACCAGUUUGGUUCUUGAUCCCUAUUUAGGUUUUCAAACACACAAAAUGAAUACUAGCACCUUUACUUCGAGGAGCUCAAGGCAUUUUUCAAAAUCUGACAGUUUUCCUCACAACAACCCUGUGAGAUUUCGGCCUAUUAAAGGAAGACAAGAAGAAUUAAAGGAAGUAAUUGAACGUUUUAAAAAAGAUGAACACCUGGAGAAAGCUUUCAAAUGUUUGACUUCAGGUGAAUGGGCACGGCACUAUUUUCUGAACAAGAACAAAAUGCAAGAGAAAUUAUUCAAAGAACAUGUAUUUAUUUACUUGCGAAUGUUUGCAACUGACAGUGGAUUUGAAAUAUUGCCUUGUAAUAGAUACUCAUCAGAACAAAAUGGAGCCAAAAUAGUUGCAACGAAAGAGUGGAAACGAAAUGACAAAAUAGAAUUACUGGUGGGUUGUAUUGCUGAGCUUUCGGAAAUUGAGGAGAACAUGCUACUUAGACAUGGAGAAAACGACUUCAGUGUCAUGUAUUCCACAAGGAAAAACUGUGCGCAACUCUGGCUCGGUCCUGCUGCAUUUAUAAAUCAUGAUUGCAGACCUAACUGUAAGUUUGUGUCAACUGGUCGAGAUACAGCAUGUGUGAAGGCUCUAAGAGAUAUUGAACCUGGAGAAGAAAUCUCUUGUUAUUAUGGAGAUGGAUUUUUUGGGGAAAAUAAUGAGUUCUGCGAGUGUUAUACUUGUGAAAGACGGGGAACUGGUGCUUUUAAAUCCAGAGUAGGACUGCCUGCGCCUGCUCCUGUUAUCAAUAGCAAAUAUGGACUCAGAGAAACAGAUAAACGCUUAAAUAGGCUUAAAAAGUUAGGUGACAGCAGCAAAAAUUCAGACAGUCAGUCUGUCAGCUCUAAUACUGAUGCAGAUACCACUCAGGAAAAAAACAAUGCAACUUCUAACCGAAAAUCUUCAGUUGGUGUAAAAAAGAAUAGCAAGAGCAGAACGUUAACAAGGCAAUCCAUGUCAAGAAUUUCUGCUUCUUCCAACUCUACCUCAUCUAAGCUAACUCAUAUGAAUAAUUCCAGGGUACCAAAGAAACUGAAAAAGCCUGUAAAGCCUUUACUUUCAAAAAUAAAACUCAGAAAUCACUGCAAGCGGCUGGAGCAAAAGAAUAAUUCAAGAAAACUCGAAAUGGGAGACUUAGUACUUAAAGAGCCUAAAGUUAUCCUGUAUAAAAAUUUGCCCAUUAAAAAAGAUAAGGAAACAGAGGGACCAGUCCAUGCUGCAGCUGCCAGCAGGUGCUUGACUAGACAUGCGGCCAGAGAACACAGGCAAAAUCCUGGGAGAGGUGCUCACUCGCAGGGCGACAGCUCGCCCUGCACCUACAUAACCAGGCGCUCAAUGAGGACGAGAAUAAAUCUGAAGGAGGCCUCUGACAUUAAGCUGGAACCAAAUGCAUUGGAUGGCUAUAAAAACAGCAUGACUGAGCCUUGCCCAGACAGUGGUGAGCAUCCAUCCCCCAUGGAGCAGGAAGAAGAACUGGUUCAUGAGACUGCACAAAAGGGGGAAGCCAAGUGUCACAAGAGUGAUCCUGGUGUGUCCAGAAAGAAGUCACGACAAGGGAAACUUAUGAAGCAAUUCUCAAAAGUAGAGGAAUCUGCUCUGGGAAAUGAUUCUCCUGGAAAAGACGAUGUGGUGCCAGAUUUGGUGGGGCCCCUUUCUGACCAGGGCGAGCCCAGUGGCACGGUUGGGGUUCCUGUGAGCUAUACAGACUGUGCUCCUUCCCCUGUUGGCUGCUCAAUUGUCACAUCUGAUAGCUUCAAAACAAAAGACAGCUUUAGAACUGCAAAAAGUAAAAAGAAGAGGCGAAUCACAAGGUAUGAUGCACAGCUAAUCCUAGAAAAUAAUUCUGGGAUUCCAAAAUUGACUCUUCGUAGGCGUCAUGAUAGCAGCAGCAAGACAAAUGACCAAGAGAGUGAUGGGAUGAAUUCUUCAAAAAUAAGCAUCAAGUUAAGUAAAGACCAUGAAAACGAUAAUAAUCUCUAUGUAGCAAAGCUUAAUAAUGGAUUUAACUCAGGAUCAGGCAGUAGUUCUACAAAGUUAAAAAUCCAGCUAAAACGGGACGAGGAAAGUCGGGGGUCCUAUACAGAAGGGCUUCACGAAAAUGGCAUGUGCUGUAGUGAUCCACUGUCUCUCCUGGAGUCUCAGAUGGAAGUGGAUGACUACAGUCAGUACGAGGAAGAAAGUACAGAUGAGACCUCCUCUUCAGAGGGAGAUGAGGAGGGGGAUGACUAUGAUGAUGACUUUGAAGACGACUUUAUUCCUCUUCCUCCGGCUAAGCGACUGAGGCUAAUAGUUGGGAAAGACUCUAUAGAUAUUGACAUUUCUUCAAGAAGAAGAGAAGAUCAGUCAUUAAGGCUUAAUGCAUAAGCUCUUGGUCUUAAUUUGACCUGAGAUAACUACUUUAAAAAAAUAAAAAAAUUCCAGUCAAUUAUUCCUCAACUGAACCAUUUUAGUGGCAGCACUUCUAUUGUCUCUUCACUUAUCAGCAUAAUAUUGUAGAAAGUGUACAGUGUACUGACUUCCUAAGUCUGAUUUGUGCAAAUUUUUAUCGUACUUUUUAAAUAGCCUUCUUACGUGCAAUUCUGAGCUAGAGUUAAAGCCCUGUUGUAAAAUAAAGGCUCCAGCAAAAUUGUACAGUGAUAGCAACUUUCCACACAGGACGUUAAAACAAUAAUGUGGCUACACAAUUUUUUUAAAACUGAGAGCAACAACUGGCUCUUUAAUAUAUGACUAAACAAUAAUUUAAAACAAAUCAUAGUAGCAGCAUAUUAAGGUUUCGAGUAUAUGCUAAUAUCACCAGCAAUUAUCUUUGGCUUUUGGGUUUAUUUGCUAGAUGUUUCCCCUUGGAGUUUUGUCAGUUUCACACUGUUUGCUGGCCCAGGUGUACUGUUUGUGGCCUUUGUUAACAUAGCAAAACAUUGGUUGUAAGUCAAAAUUGGUUUCUUUAAAAACAAAAAUUAGGCUGGGGAUUUAGCUCAGUGGUUCUGCCACCUGCCUCACAAAUGCAAAUGCAAGGACCUGAGUCUGAUCCCCGGUACCAAAAAAAAAAAAUUACAUGUAUGACAACUCUUUUCAGUACAUUAUAUGUACAAGGUUAGCAGUGUGCAGGAUGAGUUUCAAAACAGCGUAUUUAUUGCUUGUCAUAUAAAUUAAAGACCUUGUAUUUAACACUUUUCAAUCCUUUUAGAUAAAAUUGUUCUUUGCAAGAAUGAUUGGUGCUUAUUUUUUCAAAAAUUUGCUGUGAACAAUGUGAUGACAACAAGCAAUGUUGACCUAAUGAACUACAGCUAUAUCUUAAUUUGGUUCUUCAAGUUUUCUGUUGCACUUGUAAAAUGCUACAAGGAAUAUUAAAAAAAAAAUCUAUUCACUUUAACUUAUAAUAGUUUAUGAAAUAAAAACAUGAGUCACAGCUUUUGUUCUGUGGUAACCUAUAAAAAUGUUUGUCUUUGGAAUUCAAUGUAAAGAGCUGAAAAUGAUGUAUAUGUUGUAAAUAUUUGUGUGUUGUGAGAAAUUUUUGUCAUAAAAAAUUAAAAGAACUUACCAGGAAGGUUUUAAGUUUAGAAAUAUUCAUGCCAAUAAAAUAGGAAAUUAUAAAUAUAUAGUUUUAAGCACUGCAUCAGUGGGAGUUCUUGGCUUAUGUUAGUUUAUUAAGGAUAUCAAAGAUGUUUUGAUUAUAUUGUCAGUUAAACAAAAAGAGUCAGAUUUAAUUUGUUUUUUAAGCACUUUCAGAAGAGAAAUUAAUUUUAAGUAACUUAAUGAGCAAAUUUUUGAUUACUACUUUAUGUUCAAUACCAGGCUCUUUCAUUUUUCUAGAUUAUUUUACAACUCAAAUUGGAAAUGUAAAUCUGUAGCAGGUGUUUGACACCAGUAGGUCUCUUUAUUUACUGGGAAAUGUGUACAUGUACUUUCAGAUAUACAGUGCUCCUAAGUAAAAUCAAUUUAGGGGAUCCAUAUAAUGUCUAUAGAAGAGUAGCCAUGUCUUAAAAUCUUAAAAGGAAUCUGCAGGUAAUGAACAGUCCAAUGAAGAAAACCUCAAUGCGUAACUAAUUGAUACUUAAGCAGUUUCGCGGUUUGGGGAACAUUAUUUAAAUUAAGUUCACUAAAAACAUUACCGAUAGGUUCCAAAUAGUAUUAAGAUUCAUAAAAGUUUGUUAGGUUCUGUAAGGAAUUCCCUGUGUAGUCCUGUGUAGUCUCACGCUUGUAUGUUACGGUGCAGUCUGAUCCUCAGGUAUUAAAUUGGAAGCAGGUGAUAGGUAGGCUCCUACACACUCACACCCCUUUUUGCUGCAGCUCAUGAAGUGGGACAGCCCCACAUAGUCUCAGGAGCUCCUGUCCUGAGGCACCUAGAGCACUUGACAGACACAUCCAGUCCUUACAGGGCCCCCUCGCAGAAGCAUGAGACACUACCAGAGAUGAAGGUGGACACUCUGGAGUGUGCCCAAAGCCUGUGGGUCACCUCUCAUUCCCACCUUUGAGGGCGUUUUGGAGAUGUUUAGAGACUAAAUCUUGGCUUUCUUUAAAUACCACCAAUAGCCAUUUCAUGAAUUUCAGUCUUAAAGCAGAAAUAACACAUUUCCCAUUUUUCUCCACUUCUAAGUUUAAUUUUAGUAACUUAUUUAUGAUUUUUUUUUAAUUUUAUUGUGGCCUCAUCUUUUGGGGCUGACCUUCCCAUGGGUCUCAGAGCAGUGACAUUUGGUGAUAGGUCACUGCCUCUCAGGAGUCGGUAUGCACAAGCAUUCAGCAGCCACUGCUGAUGCCUUCUAGGGAAACUUAAUUUCCGUUUCUAAAGGUAGGGGCCUCGGGACUGUUCUUGAUCUGCUGUAGAACUUCGCCAUGUGGGAAUGGUGAAACCCACACACUCUUGAUCAGUUGGAAGAGGUUGCAUUCAAUAAAACUUUAGCUUGAGCUUAUGCAAUGAUUGGUAACAUUUUUGGCAAUGUAAGAAUUAGGAAAUGAUCGUAGAAAUAUAUGUAAAGUAUUCAAUUUUCAAUCAUUUUUCAAAUUGCUGUUUUAAUUGUUUUGCUGAGUUGUAAUACUUUUGAGAUACAAUGUAUUCCUUGUACUGAAAGAAUGAAAAAGGACUUUUUCAGCAUUUGAGGUAAGUUCUUUAACGUUUCAUUAAAA